CACAACUGCAUGAAAACUUGUCCACAGCCAACAAAACUCAGAGCAGGGAUAGCUGAACACUGCCUCCUCCCCCGGAGCGGAGGGAUGUUCAGCAGGAAGCGAUGACCAACGCAGACUCAGGACUCAGCAACUCCCAAUCUUGUUGUGCAGAGAUGAAGAAAUAAGGGACGUCCCUUCUCUUAAGGAACUGUUGGCAACCCUAGAGAAGAAGUGACAAAGUGCACUGAGCUCUCAAGUCCCAGAGCCCCAGGGGAGCCCAUUGUGAAAGAGCUGAGGAAAAUCAGAGAGAGACAAAGUGUUGGAAGAGAGGGCCAGCACCAGCUGCCAAAGAACACAACAGGCAGAUCCUCUGGAGGAUUAGCAUCAACAGCUGUAGUCAUGUUCAGCCACCAUGUUCAGGCUAGGUCCCUGUUCCAGAGGGGCUCUGGGGACAGCCCUGGCGUGUCUGGACCGCUGCAGAGUCGGUUGGAGGAGCUGAAGAAGCUGUGGUGGAGGAAGCCCAUCCCCCUGGUGCUGCAGCACAGUGAGACAGCCAGACUGGCUGUGGAUGCCUUUCUGGAGCAGGGGGAACCUGGGUAUCUGCAAGCCAUUGCUGAGGAACAGGAGCUGCCAUUUCUCUCCCCCCUAGACAUGGACUACAUGAGCCAGCAUAGAAGCCAGAGUAUCCUGGACCCUAAUGCAAGGAAGGGGCACCAGACUGAGCCCAAAGAGGGAGACUCUGAGGACAAGGCCUCCCUUCUCUCUGAACUAAGCUCUGGUACCUACUUCCCACUCCUGUCUGACAUGCAGCCUCCAGAGCUGGAGCUGGGCUGGCCAGUGAUACCAGUUGCCACAGGGUAUGGCCAAACUCAAGCCAGUGUGUAUUUCCAGAGAAACAAGGCAAACAGCAUCAAGGAUUUACUCCGGUGCCUGAUCAGCAGGGCAAAAACGGUGAUAGCAGUCGUCAUGGAUCUCUUCACAGACAUGGAGAUAUUGUGUGACCUGAUGGAAGCUUCAAGCAGACGACGUGUCUCUGUUUACCUGAUCCUUGAUGAGAAGUACCUAAAGUAUUUUAUAGAGAUGUGCAGUAAAAUGGGUCUUAACAAGGACCAUUUCCCAAACAUGCGAGUGCGGUGUGUGAGUGGAGACACAUAUUACAGUAAAGGAGGCAAGAAAUUUGAAGGUCAAGUUCUGGAGAAGUUUGUACUGAUAGAUUGUGACCAUGUUCUUGCUGGUACAUACAGUUUUACUUGGCUUUGCAGUCAAGUUCACACUUGCUUGGUGACACACUUCCGAGGCAAAAUCGUUGAGGACUUUGACAGAGAAUUCCAAAGCUUGUACGUAGAAUCCAAACCUGUGCCUGGUUUCUGUAUCCCCGAGGCUGCAACAAGCUCCACUUCACCUCACAGCUCAGCAGGGAACUUCCAGUCUCUCUUAACAUCUGCCCAAACGAAUGAAGCUGAAACCGCAAGCCAUGCAAGCAGUCUCUCAAAUUCAAGCAUUGAGAGCGUAAAGGUGUCUCCUUUUCUGAAGAACUCCACCUACAAUGUACUCCUUGAAAAGCAAGACUUGGGUCCAGGUUUCACCAGUGAAAAGAGGAAGGAAGCCAUCAGCUCCACAAAGCCAAGUGACUCCAAGCAGCACUCGGAAAUCUCAAACUCAAGCCACAGCACUUCAGCUAACUUCAAAUCUGCCUUAUAUGACAAGCCUAAUCCUAUGUCACACCAGGCAUCCUUGCAGCCCGUGUCUUUCCCCAUACUAAGCUGCAGUGAACCUAGUCAUACAGAAAAGGCGGCAUUGGCUAAAACGAAAAAUGACCAAUUGCUCCAUCACUCUGCCAUCAGACAGGGACCAAACUUACAGUACUCCUCUGAGAACACUGGUACAAAUGGGGCAGAUACCAAGCAGAAAGCGCCCAGUGAUGUUUCAAGUGGAAAAGCAAUAGAAAGCAGCAGCAAAAUCUGCAGGAAUGAGAGAACGCUGACUCUUGGACAUAGUAAACUGGACCUGAUUAUCCAAUACAACCAGUUAAAAAGGGAGCGGACAGCUGCAGUCCCAAGCUCUGCUAGACUCGGUGAUGAAGUGCCAAAGGAAAAUAGCUGCACUAUACACAGGGAUGAGAAAACACUGACUCUUGGACACAGUAAACUGGAUCUGAUCACAAGCUAUAACAAAUCAAAAUCUAAGCAAAUAUUGAGUCGAUUUGAGCCCUAACAUGUUCUCUCUUGUCCUAGGGCGUGUCUACACUUAGUGCUGCAGCAGCGCACUUGCACUUGCACUUGCACUGGCCCAGCUGCGCCGUGGUAGCACUUGGUGAAGACGCUACCUACUCUGACAAGAGAGCAUCUCCUGGCGGCACAGGUACUCCACCUCUGCGAGAGGCGGCAGUUGUGUCGACAGGAGAAGCCCUCCCACUGACAUAGCGCUGUCUACGCUGGGGGUUGGGUUAGUGUAACGACAUCACUCAGGUGUGUGGGUUUUCCACACCCCUGAGCGACUUAGUUACACUGAUAUAAAUUUGUAGUGUAGACCAGGGCCUAGUAAUCUCAUUCCCAGAGUUACCAUAAUUUUUUUCUGAUAGUUUUAUCUUAUGUCAGUUUGAAAACAAAUACAAAACACAGAGUAACAUGAAAUAGUCCAGGCUUCCCCAUUCCUUUAGCACUUAUUAAAAAAAAACCAUUUUACUACAAGCUUUAUUUUAAAAAUAAUCCUUUGAUGUCUAUAUAGUUCUUUGACUGGUUCUUGGUGAUUUAACGAAGGUUCUUUUUAAAAUAAGAGGAGUGUUUAAAGAUUUUCUUUUCCUAUAUCAAUUUUGUUGACCGUUGACCUAAUAUUAUGACUAAUGCUACGAUUUUAUUACAGAACUCUUGGCAUCCGUGGCUUCCAGAGACCUCUGUGACUUCAGCCCUGCAAGCGGUACGGGACCCCCUAAAGCUGAGCUCCCCAUUUUGUCACGGAUAUAUUUAGUAAAAGUCAUGGAGAGGUCACUGCUUCCGUGAAUUUUUUUUUAUUGCCCAUGACCUCUCCGUGCCUUUUUUCUAGUGACAAAAUCUUAGCCGUAUUUAUGACUUAUGAGCCUAUCUCAUGUCUCUUGGGUGAUUUUAUGCUUGCUAGAGGUAAAAUGACAUAAUAGGAGCAUAAGAUUGUAUGUCUGUGGGUGUGUCAUAAACGGAUAGUUAAGGGUUAAUAAAACAGAAGUACUUCAGGUUUCUUUUGACUGUAAAGGGUUAACAAGUUCAGUGAGCCUGGCUGUCACCUGACCAGAGGACCAAUCAGGGGACAGGAUACUUUCAAAUCUUGAAGGAGGGAAGUUUUUGUGUGUGCUGUUAGUUUUUGGUGGUUGUUCUCUCUGGGUUCUGAGAGUGACCAGAUGUGUAACCAGGUUUCUCUCCAAUCUCUCUGAAACAGUCUCUUAUUACCUAGUAUUUACUAUUCUGGACAUAUAAGGCGAGUUAGGCUUAUGUUUGUUUUCUUUAUUUGCAAAUGUGUAUGUGGCUGGAAGGAGUUCAAAUUUGUAUUUUGCUGAAAGGAUUUUAAUUUGUACUUGUAUACUUAGGCUGGGGUGGUAUUCCCAGUGUCUAUAGCUGAAAGACCCUGUAACAUAUUCCAUCUUAAA